CAAAUGUGUCCGUACAGUUUUUGUUCGGCCAACAGCCGGGUUCUUUCGAGCACGGCAACAAAAAAUUUGAGGAUGUCUUCUUCUCCAAAACGAAGCUUACAAUCUUGGUGGUUUCCAGCUAAGAAGUGGCUCGCCUCUCAUGGUUCAAUUUUCAAUGGUUUCCUGGGUGCUAGAGGAAACCAAUGGGAACUCGAAGAAUCAACUGAGGAGGAAGGAGAAGAAAAGAGGAUUGAUGAGCCAAUGCCAAACAUUGAAGAAGUAGAGAAGAUUAUAGGGUACACUUUCAAAGAACAGAGCUUGUUAUGUCAAGCAUUCAUACAUUCUUCAUAUAAUUCUCAUAAAUGUGAAUCAUAUGAACGGCUUGAGUAUGUGGGUGAUUCUGUACUGAACUUAAUGAUCACUAAACACCAGUAUUCAAUGUACCCCGAGCUUCCCCCUGGGUUGUUGUCACCUUUACGUGCUGCCAAUGUUGACACAGAGAAGCUUGCUCGCGUUGCUGUAAGACAUAAGUUCCACAAAUUCCUACGCCAUAAUCAGCCUACUCUAAGGAAACGAAUCGGUAUAUUUAUUGAUGCUCUUCCAAAUUACCCUUUACACUCACAUGGACUUAUUGCUGCCCCAAAGGUCCUUGCUGAUGUGGUUGAAUCAACAAUUGGAGCUGUAUUCAUUGACAGCAAUGCUUCCCUUGAUAAAACCUGGGAGGUAAAGGUUCACAUGCGGUUUACGAUGCUUGAUUGGCCAUAAAGUUAACUCAUCCCUGUAAAUAAUAAAAUUAUUUAUAGUAAAUAAAAUUUACAUAUACAGAAACUACAUUAAAUGUUUUAUAAAGUCACAACAAAAUUCAAAUUUGAUAAAAGUUGGAUAUAUAAAGUAAAAGAUUAAAACCAAUUUACGUUGAGCGGAGAAUAGUAGAGGAGAAUCUUUACCUGAGAUGGAGGUGGUAUCUAAAAAAUUAGGUCCCUGAUGGUCAUUACAAAAGUGUACUUUCUAGCAUUGUGGUGAAGGUGAACUGGUGAAGGGUGCAACUGAUAUAAAUAUACACCACUGAUUUGGGAACCAACUUGUGGACCUCACAGGUAACAAAGACACUAUUGGAGCCAAUAAUAACUCCAGAAAUGCUCGAAACAAAUCCUGUGAAGAAGCUAAAAGAAAUGUGCCAAAAGCAUAAGCUUAAAGUAGAGCUCGUAGAUCUCUGGGCAAAAAACAGAACUUGUGAAGUAUUAGUUGACAACCAAUAUAGAGGAAGAGGGAAGUGCCUUCAGAAGAAAGAGGUCGCCCUGAACAGAGCCGCAAGUGAGGCAUAUGAUGAAGUGCUUAGAGUUUUAGGUGAUACUAAGUCAUCAUAGUUUCGAGCCAUUGUCAAUCCCUAGUUCCACCAUAGUAAUUAGUUAGAUCGAAAUUUUAUGUGUAUUGCUACAAGGAUGGGUUAGAAUGAGUUUGUAUACAUAUCGGUUGUGAUGCUUGUUGUUAUGAAUGGGCAUUUUGUUAAAAUUUAUGGGGAAAUUGCUCAAAAUAGGAGUAAAUGAGGUUUGAAAUUCCAAAAUAGAACUAUUAUGUUUUUCUUCCCGAAAUAGAAGUAUUUACGGCCAUGAAUGAAAAAUAUAGUCAUGAUUGAAAAAUAUUGUCAUUAAUUAUAAUAAAUACUGUCAUUCAUUGUAAUAAAUACUGUCAUGUUGAAUACAUAGUACUACCAUUAAUUGGCAGUUAUGCCUACAAGAUGACAGUAAAUAUUAUCAUGUAGUUCUAUUUCAGGAAGAAAAACAUAUGAGUCCUAUUUUGGAAUUCAAAAUCUCAUUUUCUCUUAUUUUGGGAAAUCUCACAAAUUUAUGUGAUUGCUCUUUAGAAUUUAGUUGGAAAUUGGAAUGUUGUGUGUUUUGGACUCUAAUGAGGAGCACGAGUUAGUUUUGGAGAACUGGGUUAGUCGGUGUCAAUUCAAGGCCUUGUAUACUUACCGGUUCCUGAUCCAAUAAGUAAUGAUAUAUUGCUCAUCAC